GGUUAGCUUAAUCGGGCUUUGAACAACCCGGCCCAGGAUUUUACAUGAGUGAUUUGCAUCAACUUAACUAGGGGGGUUUGGAGGUAUGCUCACCCCCCAAAAAUUUGAAAUUUAGUGCUCUCAGAAUGCAAUUUUCCUGCAUUCUGAGAAAUUUGGACACAUUUGGGUGAUUUCUAGAAAUCACUUGAACUACUCGGCCCUGGAUCCACCCCUGGUCGACUAAGCGUUUUCUUCGGACCAUAUGUGGCUGCGACGACGAAUAGGUUGAAAAACGGAGUUCCAAUGUAGUUUGUGUAGACUGCAAGUAGUCUCUCUUUUCCCCGAAAAUCCGCGGAAAAAAUGCAACGCAGAAAACUGAGCGAACGAGCGUCUUGCAGCCGCUUGCCGCUCAUUCGCUCAGUAUGUUUUAGCGUAGUGUUCUUCUCUGAAAAGAGAGACUAUUCCUAGUCUAUAUUUUGUGUGCAAUGCGACAAUAGACAAAAUUUUAGAACAAUACUUGAGCUUAUAUAUAAGCUGGACGAAUGAUAGGUCAUGAAAGCCUGUGUCACAGCCGCCUUCCCCGAUUGGAUGAGGGGACGGUGCCGGGGAACGGUGGAACGAAAUUCCUUGACAGUUGACUUAGAAUAGAAGUGGUCGAGUUUUUCGUAACUGCAAGUAAGUGUAAAAAUACAGCUUCGUGUUUCUAAGUUAAAAGCACUCAACGUAGCCUCCAGUCCACUUGACCAACCUGACGAACAUAUCUCAACUAGAUUCCUGACUGUUCAAAUGAGUGCAGUGCAGUUGACCUUCCUGACCAAUGAACUCUGAUCCACUCCCAUAUUCUCCCCUUAUUUCUAUGUUUUAAUUUUUUUUAUAACUGAAAAACUUAGUAUCUCUGAGUACAAACCUUCAACAUGAUAGCGUUUUUCCCCUUUGCCUUUUCUUUUGCAAAUCUCUUCCACUUUCCCCGCUUCUCUGCGAAAGUCCCACUGAAGAACCCAGCGAGUCCCCGCUGUGAAGAACCGAACAGUAAUCGGACUCCGAGAGUUCUACCGAGUUCUCCCGGGUAUACUUCCGAAUGCCAAUCCAGUUCCGAUCACAGUAGCGAGCCUGCAGUUGUCAAAGUAUCGAUCAGUGGGUAUUCCUAUGAGUCUAUCCAAGAUGGCGGCUUACCCAGAUGUUGUUGCGCCUUACAAAGACUGUGCUGCAACAGUCAUGGCUGUCGACUGCACGGGCCAGUUUACUGUCUUAGGAUCUUAAACCAAAAGACAGAGAUCUGGACAUGGAGAGAUGGUAAUGGUUUACAGCAACAUGUUCUCAGAGGGCACACAAGAUCCAUUAGUGAUCUUAACUGGUCCUGGUUUGACCCUCAGCUUCUCUCUACCUGCUCAAUGGAUCAGUUUAUUUACAUCUGGGACUUGAGGGAUAGGAAAAAACCAGCAAGCUCACUGCAAACCAUUGUUGGAGCUUCCCAAGUCAAAUGGAACAGAGUGAACCGUCAUGUUCUUGCCACCAGCCAUGAUGGUGAUGUUAGAAUUUGGGAUCUUCGGAAAGGUAACACACCUGUAGUGUACAUCACAGCUCAUCUAUCUAAGAUUCAUGGACUGGACUGGUCCCGUUCCAGUGGUACAACAUUAGCAACCUGCAGUAACGACUCUACAGUGCAGGUAAAUCUAGAGAAAAGAGUACACUGGCUGUUACAGAUACGUUGUGGAUGUAGUAACCUGUUCAAGCUGGCUGUUUGGAAUUUGCUUUGUUUUUUGUUAAUCAGUCAUUCUAAUGCUGCUUUUGAUUUUAGUGAUCUUAACUGGUCCUGGUUUGACCCUCAGCUUCUCUCUACCUGCUCAAUGGAUCAGUUUAUUUACAUCUGGGACUUGAGGGAUAGGAAAAAACCAGCAAGCUCACUGCAAACCAUUGUUGGAGCUUCCCAAGUCAAAUGGAACAGAGUGAACCGUCAUGUUCUUGCCACCAGCCAUGAUGGUGAUGUUAGAAUUUGGGAUCUUCGGAAAGGUAACACACCUGUAGUGUACAUCACAGCUCAUCUAUCUAAGAUUCAUGGACUGGACUGGUCCCGUUCCAGUGGUACAACAUUAGCAACCUGCAGUAACGACUCUACAGUGCAGUUGUGGAAUACAGAAAAUCCUCGCCAACCAGAAAAUAAGUUGAAUGCAAAUUCUCCUGUAUGGAGGGCAAGAUUUACGCCAUUUGGCGAGGGUCUUGUGACAGUCACGGUGCCUCAACUGCUUCGAGGUGAACACAGUUUGUCGCUAUGGAACAUCCCAGAUAUCAACUCGCCCAAGCCCACUCCAGUGAACACAUUUGUUGGGCACAGUCAUGUUGUGUUAGAAUUCCAGUGGAGAUCACAAGUGCUGGAUGAUGAGGAGCAGUUUCAACUUGUCACGUGGGCUAAAGAUUCCACACUCCGACUGUGGGCAAUGGAACCAAGAAUGCUCAUGGCUUGCAGCGGAGAUGUUCCAGAGAAUUUUCCAUCUCAGACCACAAGCGAGACGGGCCUGGCCAUACGGGACGAUUUGAUAGAGACGGCUAUUUCAGAGUCCGUUAUAAUUGGUUCGGCUGAAGUGAUUCCUGAUAUGGCUGUUCAACCGCAUACCUUACAACAGGAGUUUGCGCUGAUCAAUGUUAACAUCCCUAAUGUGAUCGUUGAACAGAUGGACGCAGGUCAUAGAAGCUGUACAGUGAAUGUUACCAAUGGCCCUAAUGUUGUAUCGUUAGUAAUAAACUUCCCCAAACACUAUCCUAACAACGCCAUACCAUCAUUUGAAUUUACACCUGACACCUCCAUUGACCUGAACACCAAGACCAAACUUAUGAAGACUUUACGUGAAACAGCUCAGACACAUGUGAAGUUGAACCAGACUUGCCUUGAGCCGUGCCUUCGUCAACUGGUCAGCCAUCUUGAGGAAUUAACGCUUCAAGAAGACUUACCUAUGGACCAAUACACCUCCACUGUUCCCCAGCUUCACGGCCGGCUCGACCCAGUCUCCUAUGGUAGUUACUCAGACGCAGCUAUUCCCUUUCCUCGCACAUCUGGCGCCAAAUUCUGUGCCUGUGGAUUACUGGUGUGCUUUAAUUUACCUGGAAGAUAUAGCGGCCGUGUGGGGUCUGGUGGAGAACCUACUCCAAGGUCUCUCUCGGCCUUCUCGGCGUACAGUUCUCGCCCCAGUAGUGGCCCGGCCCUUCCGCCCCUCAUUAACAGCUCGCUUCACAAAUCUCAUCACAGUCAUACAUUUAGUUCAUUUGGUCAGCAGUCUACCUCAAGGACCAUGCUUUACAGGACGUUUAGUCAGCAAGAGGAUCUGCAAGAGGGACAAAAGUAUAGUGGGGUUACCUCACGGAACAGCGAUGUUGGCCUCGUUGUGAUUCGUGACGUCAGCGUCAUGAUGCCCAUUCAUCAGUCACUGGGACAAGCUUACACGCUUGAAGGAAAUGAUAUCAGUGAAAUUUGUAAAAAGAACUUAUCAGCUGCCAUGACUACCGGCCGCAAAGACCUGGUGCAGACUUGGUCCUUAUUGAGCUUAGUCCUCGACAAGAAACUCGCGCCCUCCGACUCGAUGGAUGAGUCUCCCUGGGCACUACAUCCGUUUGGUCGGAAGAUGGUCAGUUCACUAAUGGACUAUUACCUAAGCAUCCGGGAUAUUCAGAUGCUAGGAAUGCUGUCAUGUGUGCUGGCUCAUCCCUCUCUUCCAGACUCCUUCAAACCGCCUAGAACCCACUCCAAGCCAGAAAUCAUCACCUCAAGCAAGUCUUUUACGUAUGGCUCUUCUCCACACAGUUCAGACGUCUCUCACCAGUCUAUAAAGCGUCCAAAGUCCCUGGGAAGUGUCACAGAGCACAUGAGUGAUCUGUGUCCAGUAGAGGAACAAUGGAGCGAGAUCACAUUGCCUCUGAGCGGCGGAUGGUCUCCGCCGGUGUUCAUCCGCACAAAGGAUCCGCGCGAAGAACAACGGAAGCAAUACGAGAAAGACUGUAGAUUUGUUGAUAUUUCAAAACUCCCAUUACAUGAUCACUACAUGAAGCAGUAUGCCGAUGUUCUGUACCGCUGGAAUCUGCUGGGCAAAAGAGCUGAAGUGAUUAAAUUCUUAAGUGAGCCUCAACAACCGCAUAAUGGAGUGGGUAAGUGAGAAACUCCUAGCAAAAAGGGCCUGAUUUUGUAGAGUGCAUUGCAAAAGAUUUUAGUCAUGUGAGGUAUGCUUUUGUUUAAGGUCAUUCA